GGCAAAUUCAAUGAAGAAAAUCAGGUUCCUCCUUUAUUGCUUUAUGUUAUGUCCACCUCUCUGAACGACGCUCCCGUAGAGAAGGCACGCAACAUUCUGAAUGCUCUACCGCACAUGUCGAAAGACAUUAUCGACGACACUAUAUACGAGAAAGUUUUGUCCUUUUUGUCCAGUUUUCUCAAUAGCGAAGCACAUGGUGUGGCUAUGUACAAUGCGUGGAAUGUGUUAGACAUUCUGACAGAAACUUGCGUGUCUGAUUAUCAGGACCCGAGAACAAAGGCUAUUUGUCUUCGAUUUUUGGGAAAGCUUAUUCUGCAUGAUAGCCAAACGGAACCGAUCAUGUUUGAAAAAUUGGUAAACAACAAUCAAGAUCUUCUCAAGCAAGUAGUGCAAUGUUCCAGCGCAUCGGAAGGGUCUUUGCGUGUGGCAUCCGUGGAAGCCUGUCAUGGGUUCAUUCAUUGCCCCAGUGGUUGUCAAUGGUUGGCCGGCAAUGAACCAAUUCAGAAAGCCAUUAUGAGUUACCUGAAAGACGCGAAUCUCUAUUUGGUGGCCAGUACCUGUCGUUUUUAUCAAGUGCUAAUAAGCAACACUUAUGACGAAGAAAAACAUGAUCAAGCAUUAGUGAGCUCAUCUGAAAAACUUUUUAGACUAAUGAAUCCAACAAGUUAUAUCCAGCAAACGUUAGAAUGUGAUGAUGGUUUAAAGACGAUUGGCAGCACUUACGAUUUCGAAAGAUUCGCUACUUUGGAAAUAUGCUGGGUUAUAGCUUCAACCAGAUCGAAUGCCAUAAUCAAAUACCUCGAGGAAUACCACAUACUUGGCCUCAUCUUUUCAAACCCACAUCAUGCUGACAAGACUAUCCGUAGUCGGAAAAUAGAGAUCCUGUCAAAGGUCAUAGAGUGGGUCCCAAAUCCUGCGAAGGUCCUAUCUAUACCGGUAGAGCCAGGCAGUUCAGAGACUGAAGCAAUGGCACAAGCAUGUGAUGCGUUUGUUGACAAGGGCAAGCAACUUCUCAACAACUCUGAAUUCCAAGGCAUCAUGACUGGGCUCGAUAUGAUGAGGGUCGUUUUACUCUUAGCUCGACGUCUACCAUCAGAGAUAGCGUUACCGAAGGUUGAGGAUCUAUGUAAAUUUUUCAUCGAGCUUCUUCAAGGGGCAACCAAUAGAACAUUGUUUGCGAAAAUGGCCUCUAAUACAGACAUGUCAUCGCUUCAAUGGCACCUUUGGGAGUCCGAUAGAGCUAAAUCAAAUACAAAAGUAUUCAUAAUCGCGAUAUUCAAACCUCUGCACACCAUUGUCCAUGAAUUUCCGGAUGUUAUAGUGAAAGUCAGCCCCUUGGAAACUAUGUUGGAUAUCUUGGAGGGCAGGGGUAUCGCAAUGGACCAAAGAGUUUUAAAACCUUUGUUAUCUCAAUUGCAUCCACUACUCGUGUCAGUGAGACAACGUCAGCUUCCAACCACAAUUACUCCUGACCACGGAGUUAAGAAGACUCUAAUGACUCUAGUUGGACUCCUGGAAGACUCGGUUGUGGACGGACGAACUGUGAAGUUGAUACUGGAAACAUUUGACUCCUUUUUAUGUAAUUCACAAUUUAGUGGCUUCAUGCUACAGAAGGACAUUUCGGAAAGUGUAACACAGGCAUUGCUACUGCGACUAUAUGACACUGAAUGGGAUACACGGGACUCGGUUGUAACGUUUAUUGGCAGUCUGUACGAUGCGCCUCAUAUAUCUGCGCGAGUACAAUUUGCGCAACAAAAUAAUUUGGCGCUAGAAGUAAUCGAAAAGAUUGUUGAUGGCGAGGCUUAUGUACGAUCCGCUGCUCUGGAUGCUUUACAGCAAAUGAUGAACAAUGCUAGUGGAUGGAUAUUUAUCAAGAACAACGAGGUUACAAAGCAUAUAAAUUCCAUGUUACCACCUUUAAUACAUGAUCCCGAAGCCCUGGUUCGCCGGGCGGUUUUGGACGCAAUGUCAUGUUUAAUACACAACCAAUCGUACGAGAAUCUUUUCGAUGUUCAAGGACUAAGCCCGUCGGAUAUGUCCAUGCUCAUGGACGAUACGGAUUGGGAGGUUAGAUUACGGGUGUGCAACCUACUACAUCAGUUAUGGAAGACGGAGAUACACAUACGAGAAAGAAGCAAAAAGGGACACGUACAUGAAGACAAACAACAAACACAUUUCUAUGAACUUGGUGGAGAUCAUUUACUUUUGCUAUCGGCUCAAGACUCGGCGCGCUUAGUUCGAGAAAAGUCUAUGGAGGUUUUGAAAGGUAUCCAAGAGGAUUUGGAUUCGGAAGCUUCAAACACGAUGGGUGGCAAGCGAGCGCUUGCCCUGGAAGAAAAUGAUCAAGCAUUUGCCGACGCGAUUGGGGAAAUUGAUUUUGCGAGACUGGCGGCAACCAUUUCAGCCGAACACAUGUACGAGGAAACAUUUGACAUCGAUUACAGUGGUGUUGAUAUCAAAACUAUGACGGAAAGUCUUCGCGAUACCAACAUUAUGGACUGUGAAUAGAAAUUAAUAAAAAGAUUUCAGUGCCCAGUGCAGAACUGUACACAUAUACAAAAUAAUCGUGCCCUGUGUAAAGAAUCUUGCUUUGAAUUAUGUCAUAAUGAAGUCGAGCGGUAAAUAGGACAAUGGAGUAGGCGUACAGUGUCACCAGUAGUGUGGAUAAUAAUAGAUGGCAAGACUUGAGAACAAAAAACACAACUUGCCACCCAGCUCGCCUACUACCCCUGGCUCUAGGUGGC